AUGUACCCCUUCUCCAAGCCCUGCAUCUCCCACCUGCCUGGGCAUUAUCUCAUUAAGGAUGAGGAGGUGGGGAGAGGACAGGCAUACAACGUCCCUCUAGAGGCAUGAGGGAGGAGAGGCCAGAACACACAGAGGGCCUCCUCUUUCAGUUGUCUGAUUGCCCUCUCUCCUCACACAGUAGGUUAUUGUUUCUCCUGCUAACUGCUCAGGAGGCAGUGGGAUGGGCAUGGCCUGGAGACACAGCAGCCCAGCCUCUCUGCAUUUGCUGUUUGUGAAUAG